UUUGUAGACUUUCACAACUAAGUUAUCGUGACGACAAAAUGGAGUAAUUCCCCGACUUUGAUACUUUUAUUUGUGUUUGUGUGUAGUGCAAAAACAUGGAAACAAAAGUGGUAAAACUGCUAGAAACCUUGUUGAGAGAAAUAAAUGAAAUCAAACAAAAACUCAACAACGUGGAAACAAAGUUAGACAACCAGCAAUACAUCGAUCGAAUUUUUGGUGAUAUUCAUCGUUAUUUUGCCAACAAUGGUGCAAAAAUCGGUGAAUCACUCGGAAAUAAAUCUAUUGUUUCUGAGACUGUUCAAACAAAUGUUACUCCAACAGCGCCUGAAAUUGUUAAUCUCGACUUAAAAACGACUGAAAUGACGAUUGACGAUUUAAAAUCGGUGUUAAAAUACACUUUAGUUGAGGAAAUCGGGCCUCCACAUGCCCCCACAUUCAAAAUGGCGGUGAAAGUGAAUGAAAAAAUUUAUUACGGAAAAGGGAGUUCCAAACAAAGGGCUCGAGACGAAGUAACUGAAGUGGUUUUUAAAUUUUUGAACAAGAAUAAAAUUGAGGACAAGGAAAAGGAAAAAAAGAAAGAAACACAAAAUGUGAUAAUUGACUUGUCGUUGUUUGAUAAAUCAAAAAUGUCCCUUAAUAAUCUCCAAUCUUUGUUAAAAUUCAAUUUAAUCGAUCAAGUAGGCCCUGCACACGCCCCCACAUUCAAAAUGGCGGCCAAAGUGAACGGAAAAACGUAUUACGGAAGUGGAGGUUCGAAACAAAAAGCUCAAAAUAAUCUAACUCAAGUCGUUUUGCAAUCACUGAACGACAUACAAAAAAAUGAAUUGAAAAAUAAAAAACAAGAAGAAAUGUCAAAUGUCAAAAUAGAUCCAAUAAAUGUGAAAAAUAAUCAAAAAACAAUAGAAAACAUUCAUUCGUUGCUCAGCUAUCGCCUCGUCGAGCAGACCGGACCUGACCACAAACCCACAUUCAAAAUGGCGGCCAAAGUGAACGAAAAAAUUUAUUACGGUAUCGGUGGUUCCAAAAUUAAGGCACAAAUGAAUAUUGUUGAACAAGUUUUAAGGGAAUUACUCAUCAUUAAAAAUAAGGCUAAGUCACUUUCAGAGACGAACAAUGUCAAACUACUACCAACAUUUUUUAAAACCGCAAAAAAAUCCCUAAACUAUGUAAGAUCGGCACUUCAGUAUAACUUUGUGGGAAAAACCGGUUCUUUAUUCAAAAUGGCGGCUAAAGUCAACGGAAAAAUCUACUCUGGCGUUGGUGAUACUAAAACAAAAGCACGACUAGACGUUGCUGAACAAGUACAUAAAUCAUUACGUGAAACAAAUGAGUUUAGUAAACCACAAACGGAAAUAAAAACAAAAGCAUCGAAUUUUCUCAAUCGACUUUACCCCAACGCCAUCUAUACGUGUACGGAAACACGAAAUGACACUACAACCGAAUUCACUAUUGUUAUUACAAUUGCUACGCAACAAUUUGUAGGAAUCGGUCCGAGUAAGAAAAUCGCAAAGAAAGCGGCAGCAUUUUCGGCUCUCACCGGUCUUGGGAUUCCCCCAAAAACACAAAUUGCUCUUGCAAAACCCGAGUUUUUUCGCAGGUUAAUUGAAGAUAAAAUCGCGUCACUGUUGGCUUCAAAGCCUCAAUUUAGUAAAUAUACAGUUGGCGCUGGAAUUGUGAUGACCCGAAACGGGAAUUUUCUGGAUUGUGAUGUGGUUGCAGUGGCGGCGGGUACGAAAUGCAUUUCGAGUGCGAAAAUGACAAACAGUGGUGCCAACUUAAACGAUAUGCAUGCUGAAAUUUUAUCACGGAGGUGUUUACUUGGUUUUUUCUACGACCAAUUAGAAUUGUGUAUUGAAGGAAAAGAGUCGAUUUUUGUGCGAAAUGGAAACAAGUUUCGACUUGUUGACGGAAUCGAGUUUCAUUUGUACGUUGAUAAGACCCCGUGUGGAGACGCUAGUGUUUUUAGCCCCCGAAACGAGGCUAAAAAACACGGAUUUUUAAGAGUGAAAAUCGAGGCUGUUGGUGGAACAAUUUCCACGAAAAAAAAUCGAAUUUUUCACGAAAAUAAAUCCUUAACAAUGUCUUGUUCGGAUAAAAUUUGUCGAUGGAACGUUUUAGGGCUCCAAGGGGCCCUUUUAUCGAAUUUCCUCGACCCGAUUUAUCUCAAAUCGGUGAUUUUAGGUAACGUCAUACACGAAUCGCAUUUGCAGAGGGCAAUUUAUGGACGCAUCAAAGACACCGUUGAUAACCUCCCUCCCACUUACCAACUAAAUACCCCCUCCAUGUUUUUCCUCCCCUCCACUAAACCCAAAACCACUUCCAGUCCAAGUUUUGCAAUCACGUGGUCUAAAAAUGACCAACAGUGUGAAAUUAUCAAUUCCAGGACCGGACUUACCGAACUUGGACCGUCCAAAUUUUCCAAACGCACAUUUUUACAACGAUUUGGGGCCCUUAGUGAAAAAAUUUGGGGGCAAAAAUUCAAAAACAUUUACAUUGAAGCCAAAUAUGCAGCUAUGGAAUAUAAUAUUGCAAAAAAUUCCUUAAACGAUGCGUUCAAAAAUGCUGAUUUGGGCACUUGGAUUGCGAAAUCUAUAGAACACGAAAUGUUUGCCUUAAAUUAAGCAUAAUUUUAUUUUUUUUUACAAUUUUUUAACAAUAAAUUAUUUUU